AUCGUCAUUCACAAUCAUCAUCAUCAGAAGCAGCUGACGUCAAGGCCUUGAGGAAGAGAAGAGAUAUACUCUCCUGUCAAUGAAGUCUUCUUGAUUUCCCUCCCUCUCUCUCUCUCUCUCGCCCCCUACGAUGGUCUCCGGUCGUAGAUAGCAGUGACAGAAAAGAGCAAUGUGGUGGGGUGCGUCAGAGGGGGGCCAAGGGGGGUCUCCUCCACCUGACCCCCCAGCAGAGCAAGGUGACAGUAGCCAGGGUGGAGAUGCCGCUGUUGUACGACAAGAGUUGGGGGAUCUUAAGGAUCAAUUUGAUGAGCAACAGGCACUUAUUGGACAACUCAAAGAUAUGCUUAAGAAGAAAGAGGCCACACUUUCAAGCAGGGAAAAGGAAGUGCAGGACUAUGCGGAGAGGUUAGCUAGAAUGAAACCACGACUGGGAAGGAGGGUUAGCAGUAAAUCAAAGCAAUCACCUGGUCCCUCUGAAUGUUCAGAGUCAGGAGAAUCCUCUGGGGCUGGAUUGGCCUCGGCACAAGUAGCUAGUGUAAGUGAUACCGAGCAGAUGCCUUCGCCUGCUUCCCAUACUGCCGAAGAGAGGUUAGGUCCUCCCGUUUCUGAAGAAGAGGUUGCACUCCCCCCCAUUCGUGCUGAAGGGAGAGUUGUUGAAGAAAAGAGGCUCUCUUCUUCAGAGAGCAGCAGUCGAGCAAAAAUACUGCUGCUGAGAAAGCAACUUCAAGAGAACAGAUUGAAAUUUCAGCGUCAGCAUAAGGACGACGAGAAGCUUGCAAUGGAAGAGAUGAAGCAGAGAAUUGAGCGACUACGAGCCGAAGUCGAACAACGAGACGACUUGAUCCAAGCACUAGAGGGGAGAGGACCCUCCCAAGAAGAGCCCAGCAUGCAGAAGCUCUAUCAGCAGAUAGUGUAUAAGGAUAAUACCAUCUUAGACUUAACCCAGAAGCUCACUCACCUUGAGGGGGUCAUUCAGGAACAGCAGGAGCAGCUUAGUGAGAAGGACAAGAUCAUCGAGGCACGCACAGAAGCCGUCUCUCUUAUAGCUAAAGCGCAAGAUGAAAAGAGUCUCAAGACACUGGAGGAGUUGGAAGAAGUUAGGUACCAAAUGAAAAAGAUGCAAGAAAACUUUAUACUGAAGGAGCAGGAAUUAACUGCCGAGAGAGAUAGCCUCUCCAAAGAGUUGAAAGACAAGAUCAAGAAAGUCAAUCAGUUGGAAGACAAUGGACGUCGGUUAGAGAACCUCCGUUUCGAAAUGAGCACUCGUAAUGCAGAGUUGCAGGAGAAAAUUGUAGGACUUCAGUCUGAUGCCAAAGCCCUGCGGGAGCAAUCUGAAGCUGAGAGACAAACAUAUUCAGAAAAGGAUUCAUUAAUUCAAGAAUUGAAACAAAAACUAGUGAAAGCUGAAGCACACGGCCAAAAGAAAUUGAAGGCACUAGAAAAACAACUGAAAGGAAUAAAACAGGAUGGAAAUGCAGGCGAGAAAAUAUUAGAACUUCAGAAUGCAAUCGCUGAACUGGAAGAAGAGAAAGGCAAUUUGCAGUUGAAACUUGUAGACUUUGAUGACCUAAAAGUGACCAAUGAAAAAUUGACCUCUGUGAGGAACAAGCUAGAGGACCAUGUGAAACAGCUUAAUUGUGACUUAGAUUCUCAGUUGAGUGCCAUCACACAACUGGAAACUGAAAAAAUCAAACUAGUGGAGGGUAUUAACGAACGCGAAAACAGAAUCUUUGAUCUUGAGUCUGAGUUGAGUGGUUUGAAGUUGAGCCUCGAAGAAAUCAAGCAGGCGAAAGUUACUCUCGAUCUUCGUCUGUGCGAGGUUGAAGAACAGAGAGACACUGCAGAGAAACUGAAGCUGGAGCUUGAAAAUCAGAUGACAGAGUCUGGACGUGUACCUGUGGAACAGCUGUUGGCUGAAAAGGGUAGUUUAGAGGAGUCACUACAGAGCAUAAUGAAAGAAAGAGAGGAAUGGGAACAAAAGUACUUGGGUCAAAUUGAAACUGUACAAGAUUGCGAGAAGAAAACUAAAUCGGCUGUGGAGGAGAGAGACCAGAAAGCUCGUGAAUGUAAAAGACUAAUGAACAUUCUAACAGAUAAGGAAAAUGCAAUUGCUACCUUGUCAAUUCAGAUUGACAAACACGAUGCAGUUGUAGCCAGUGUUGAAAAGAAAGUCAGGUUAGCCAAUGAAGAAGCUGAAAAGCUUCAGGUGCAAUUAAACAACGUUAACCAAAAAUUCCAGAGCAAGCUGCAGGAACUGCAGGAUACUCACAGCACUAUUGCAGAAAUGGAAGGGAAGCUGAAAGGUUCAGUAGCAGACUUACAUUCAAAAGAGGAGGAAUUAUCUGCCUCGCGAAAUAGCUUGGAAACUCUCAACAGAUCUUUGAACGAACGAAACAUAACUGUUCAGAAUUUAGUUGGUGAAGUGUCAGCGUUGCAAGAGGAGGUGAAAAUGAAAGAGAGGAGCGUUGACGACCUUAUUAACAAGCUGGAAAGAUUGGAGUUGCAAAAUAACAAUUGUGAGAAGGAGAUCGAGAGACUGUGUUCCACCCUUACCAGUAGAGAUGACCAGAUCUCUUGUAAAAACAUGGAAGUAGAAUCUUUGAAGAAAGACCUGUUGAACAGCACAAAACAACUUGAGGCCACUAAGUCCUCGCUGGAAUGUGAAUUAGAUACACUCUCAGCAAUGCUGAGUGACACAAAGAACCAGGUGGAAUCUUUACAGGUUGAUUUACAAGUGAAAGAAAAGGAAAUUCAGAAUAAUCAAGUCAUCAUUUCUAAAUAUGAACAGGAAGUUUGCGAUAAGAAUCAAACGUUAGAUGACCUUCAGGUCCAGUGUCAAGAACUUCAAGCAAGACUUUCUUCCUCCUCUGCAAUUCUAUCCGAAAAAGAGUCUGUGAUCUUUAAACUUCAGAAUGAAAUUGAAGAAAAAUUGUCAACUUUGGAAAGUAUGCAUAUGCAACAAGUAUCCCUUGAGCAGAAAAUCCUUCAUUUGGAAGAAGAAAAUAAAUCUUUAUCAGAGGAGAGAUCUCGAUUAGAGGAAGAGUGUAAUGAGAAGGUAGGAUCAAUAGAGAUUCUGAAUAACACACUAUCAGAGAGAAUGGCAAGUAUUUCCAAUUUAGAAGCCUCAGUUGGAAGCUAUACAAGUGAGCUUCAUAGUAAGGCUUCCGAAGUCGAGAAGUGGCAGAGUGAAGCCUUAGAAAAGGGUGAGCAAGUAAAUGCACUAACAUUGCAGUUAGGUAAUAUUCAGUCUGAUGCUGGGAGUAAAGACACACUUGUUGCAAACUUACAAGAACAGCUUCUACAGAAUCACGAGCAAAUAUCAGGUCUUCAGAGUCGCCUCCAGCAAGUUGAAGGUUCAUUAGCUGAAAAUCAGCAAGCUCUUUUGCAGGCACAAGAGCAAUUAACAGAGAAUCAGCACCAACUGACAGCAAACCAAGAGCAGUACAUGAAACUGAAAGGGGAGUUUGAUGCCAACCAAUCACAACUAGCGGAGACCAACUCUCAGUACGAAAAGGCAACUGCUCUUGCCACCCACUUUGAAGAGGAGCUGAGAAAGAAGGCUAGUAACUUAGAAGCUGCAGAAAAACAAAUGGCAUCUCAAGAGGAAAGUAGCGUAAAGGAACUUUCGAAUGUGCAGCACGAUGUUGAACAUUUGCGGUCAGAGGUCACAAGGCUGGAGGCAGAACUGCAGGCCUCUAAGGAGCAAGCAAAUGCUUUGCAAGCCGAGAUAUCACGACUACAAGAACAAAGCAAACAAAUUCAGGAAGACUCUGAGACAUGCAGAAAAGAAUACAGCUUGAAGUGUGAGGAAGUUACCACUUUACAGGAGAAUCUCUCUCAGAUACAAUAUCAAGCUAAUUCUUUCCAGGAACAGUUAACCCAAACAGUAUCUUACCAAGAGCAGUAUCAGCAACAAAUUCAUUCUCUUCAAGAACAGCUUAACCAGGCCUUGAACUUGAAGCAGCAGAGUGAUAGUGAAAUAGCAGCUUUAUCUGUAACGCAGCUGCAACGAAUUUCCCAGCUGGAGGGAGAACUGCUAGCACUCACCCAAGCAAGAGAUUACUUACAAGCAGAACUUGAAAAGAGUUCUAUUGAACUGCAGAAUCAGCGUCAUGCUCUUGAAGAAGAGAAGGUCAGUGUAGAAAAUCUAUUAUCACAGUCUUCCACCAAAGACAGUGAAAUCCAGAUGUUGCAAAAUAACAUUUCUGUGCUCCAAAAUACAGAACAGGAACUCAAAAAUCUUGUCAAGGAGCUUGAAGAAGAGAAAGCACAAUUCAAGGCAUUCUCAGGCCCUGAGGACACAAGUGGUGUACAUUCGCAGCCAGCUGUAGAUUCUGAAGUGAAAACAUUGAGGGAUGAGCUUGCAAGAGCACUUGACCAGAGUAAGUUUUUGGAGGAGGAGUGCGAUGGCCUCCGUGGAGAUGCAAACACCUUGAAGCAGCAGUUACAAGAUGCUCGACAGACCAUCACCCACCUUCAGACAAGUUUAGCCACCACCCAGUCUCAAGGCAGCUCAUCAGCAGGUGGAUGGGGCGACUGGGGAGAAGUAGAUUUAGGGUCGCCAGCACCUGCACCAGAAGAAUUGCCCCAGCAGUCAAGUUCUUUAAUAUCCAGCCUUCAGAAGUCGUUAGCUGAUAAGGAUGAGAUGCUUACCAUGAUGCAAGAUCAGUUAAAAGAAACCUUACAAGAAAUCAAUGCAAUUAAUGAGGAGAAGAAGAUACUAGAAAAACAAAAACAAACUGCCGAAUCCAACAUUGCCAAGCAGAUGGAGAGUUGGAAGGAGGAAAAGGAGGAACUAAACCGUAUGAGGUUGGAGGCUGAAAAUGCAGCUUCUGUACAUGGUGCCUUAGAGGAAGAGAGAAAGAAAAUGGCCAUUUUGGAGCAGGAUCUGUUGGAAAAGCGGCAAGCUAUUGAGGGUUUGACUCAGCAGCUUAUGCUAAUGCAGUCAUAUCAGCAAACACCUGUGCAAGACCCAUCCCAAGCAACAAACGUUAUUGAGCCUGUUGUUGCAGGAGGUGUACAAGAAGAGGUGAUCACAUCCCAAGUGCAAGCAACUCAGCAAGAAGGGGCAAACCUCUUUGGAACUGUACAGUGGCCACAAACAGGUAAUGAAGAUGCUGCUAGCUGGUUUGAUCAAGCAGUAGGUAAUGAGGCUCCUGCCACUGAUAACAAGCAAGUUGCUCCCGUGCAGACUGCAGAAACAAGUGUUGAUCAGGUGCAAACACAGGAUCCAGCUAGUUGGUUUAAUCAGCAAGAAGUCAAAGACGCGCCACUUGUCGGUGGUGACCAGGUUGCAGUGACACAAAGCAUUGGAUUAGAAGGUGAUCAGUCACAGGAUCCUGCGAGCUGGUUUGAUCAACAGGUUGCUUCAGGUGUAGCAGCUGUUAGUGAAGAAGUCACAGCAACACAGGGUAUCGAGCAAACGCAAGAAUCCCAAGGACUGGACACUAUCAAUGUAGAGGAACUACAGUAUAAAUUGUCAUGGUAUGAAGAGCAGUGGUCAACGUGGACUGGUCAUUACAGUCAACUUCAGACUAGCUACCAAGAAGCUGAAGAAAAAGUGGCAAUGUUAACAGAGCAGCUUCAGGCAUUGCAGGUAGAGAAAGACCAACUUCAGGCUUUGCAGGAAGAGAAAGACCAAGGGGCUAGUGCUGAAGAUGGUCGUUUGAAAGAGGAGACUCAAUCAGUAGGCCAUGAAGAGGCAGCUUUAGCUUUAAGUGCUCAAGCCCAAGAAAUCCGGACAAAAUUGGAAGAUGCGGAAAAGGCUCUCGAAGGCCUCAGAGAAGAGAACCAGCGGCUUCAGCUGGAGGCCACUGAAGUUGCUGAACUUAGAGCACAGCUGGGAGUGUUGCAGGAGAGGACGAGGAACGAAGACCCUACCAGGCUGCAGGAAGCAGAGGCUGAAGUUGAUCACCUCAGAGGUUUUGAAACACAAGUUUACGAACUACAAAGUCAAGUACAGGCUCUUCAGCAUCAGUGUACUGCUAUGCAAAAUAAACUCUCGGAAGCUGAAACUGAAGUUGGCCGUCUGCGUGAAAUUGAGGCCCUCUAUGGGGAGCUGCAGUCCUGCAUUCAAGAGUCGGAAACCAAGCGUGAAGGUUCAAAGUCACGUGUGCAAGAACUCGAGCUCAUGGUGCAGUCAGCGGAGUCUGAGAUCGCUCGUUUGCGAAAUGAGAUAGAGGUGCUGAGCCAAGGGGAACGAAAUAGGGGUGAAUUACAAGACUCAGGUGAUGUAUCAGGAUUUAGAAGUCAGGUGUUGAGUCUCCAAAAUGAAGUUGACAAAUGCCAAAGUGAGAUUGACUAUUACAAGGCAGAAAUGGGGAGACUCGAGAACGAGAAUCAGAACAUGGGCGAUGAAAUGGCCAGAGCAAGAAGUGAUCUGCAAAGACUGGAACAGGAAAAUUCUCAGUUGAGAAGUGAAUUAGAAGUUUUUGAAGGCGAACUUGACAGAAUGCGUAGCUCGUGCGAGAUGUACGAGGCCGAGAACAACAGAGUGAGAGGAGAUUAUGAGGCUUUGUCACAGGCCAGUCAGAUGACAGAGGCUGAAAAAGAGAGUUUGGAAAGUGAGGUUCAGCGUAUCACUGCUCAGAACAUGGCCUUGUCAGCAGACAGUGAACAUCUUCGUGAUGAAAUUCAAAGAUUGACCGAGGUUAGUACCUCUGCUGAAACAGAAAUUGUCCGUUUACAGACUGAAAUUGAGAGAUUCAAGUUAUUAGAUCAGCAGUAUAAUAAUCUAGAAAGUAAGUACAAUGAGUUACAAGCACAAGUCACUUCAAUGGAAUCGGCCCAGAGUAGCAAGACGUCUGAAUCUGAACCGCACAGCUUGGUAGUUGAAGAAGUUGACUGGAGUGCUGAAGGCCGGAUAGAAGACGAGCACCUUCAGAGAUCGUCAUCUGUCGAUCUGAAGUACCAAGAAGAGAUAGAUGACCUUAAGGAGAAAGUAAUAGCUAUAGAGAAGGAAAAGAAUGCAACCUAUGAUGAGCUUCAGGCAGCAAAACUGAAGAGUGGAAAGAUGCUUCAGAAGCUGAAGUUGACGCAGAGCAAAAAUGAAUCCCUGACGAAAGAAAUUCAGAAACUGAAAGCAAAGGCUGGUGGGUUUUCUGACCUUGAUCAGGCUUUGGAAGAAGAAUGGAAAGCCCAGGUGACCAAAGCUGAAACCGAAAGGGACGAGUACAAGCAGAAAUUGGACGAGGUCGAGAACGAGAAGGAGAAUCUCCUAACACAAAUUGAUGUCCUCACAGCAGCCCAGGAAGAGUACAUAGAAAUGAAAGAAGACCAGGACACUACUAUCAAACUCCUAAAAGCUCGUAAUAAGGAAGUGGAAGGACAGAUUCAAGCCCUUGAGUGGAAAAUCACAGAGUUAGAGGAAGUUGUAGAACAGCAAAGGAGUGGUGAUGCCCAAGAACCCAUUAUUCAUCCUAGGUCAUCCGCAGAACGAGAAUUGGGACUUGCAGCCAGUGAUCAUCAUGCUGCCUCAAAGGAAAUUGAAACACUGAGGGACCAAGUCGCCUCCCUUCAACGGGAAGCGAAGAUCUUUAGGUCAGAAAACGAAAGACUACAAACGGCAGCGAAGGAGCUGGAAGAAGCCGUGGAAACUCUGAGUCAGGAGAAUGAGACUUUCCAGUCCAUCAUUGAGGGACUCAAGGAUGCUAAAACAAAGGCUGAGAGUGACACAAACAAUUACAAGUCAAUUUAUAUAGAGCUGCAUGAUGAGCAUGAGUCAGUGAAGAAGGAAAAGGAGAAAACAAACGAGGAGCUGAAGGAACUGACCUAUGCCCACGACACGCUCAAGGCGGCUUAUAACUCCUUGUACGCGGAAUACAAUGACCUCCGUGACGUCUGUGAUAGCCACAAGCAUGAUGUUGGCAUUCUCAAGGGAGAGAGAGACCGGCUCGUCGAGGAAAUCAACAGUCUGAAGAAUCAACUGCAGGCUCUUCAUGAGGAAGAGGAGGAAGAGACUAUUCGUGCCUUACAAGAUGAAUGCUCUAGCUUGAGAGAGCAGAACAACCUGCUACAUGAAGAGAACACAGCUUUGGAAGUCAAAACUGAAGAUGCCAUAGAGAAGACUUCGAGACUGGAGAACACGCUGGAACAGAACGUAGAGAUGCAGAAGUUGCUGCAGGAGGAACUCAUGAAAAAAUCUGAGGAGAUCAACUUCCACACAGUCACUAUAGAAGACAAUGAAAGGCAGAUGACCUACUUGAAAGCUGAAAUGGCUGCCCUGAAAGCCAAGCUUUCACAGCAGGACCAAGCGGAAGAGAGCACUCUGGAAACCACACAGAAGUUAGAGGCAGAAGUCGAACAGCUUCAGGAAAGAAAUCAUCAGUUGCUGAUGCAGGUUGAAGCAGCUGAAGCAUCUCUUGCCAAAUUAGCGGGAGGUAAGACGGAGGGCGGCGAUACAGUAUUUGCUCCUGUAGCACCAGCUACUACAGAGCUGGAUGCAGCCCUUGCCUCGCUCCACUUACGUGACCUUAGAUGUCAGCAGCUUUCUCUAGAAAUUACAAAGCUCCUGGAAGAGAGAGAUGCCUUGCAGCUCAAACUAAGUGCUUCCCUAAGACAGACUCAAGAACUCACACGGGAGUUGAGUCUGAGUCACCAGCUUCCAGCUCCUGUUUCUCCUGAACCAUCCCUGGACCAAAAACUUGCAGAACUCAGGGAGCUAAAUGAUUCUUUAGAGCAAAAGGCUCUUCUUAGCCUGCAAGGUGCUGCAUCAGCAACAGUUGGCCGUCGAAUCACAGUCGGUGGCCUCCCAUCUCCUCCUAUUUUCACCCCUCAUACAGCUCCUCCUACCCCCACAGCAACGAGACACGCUGAUUACACACUCACUCGAGAAGCUCAGGGAACGUCUACCACUCUUAUUGACUGGAUUAUGGGCAAGAGCACACCUCGAGUGUUGCACGUGUGAUUAGAAACAAAUGGCUUCCCGCACAACGCACAUAUGCCCUUUUAUAGUGCGCACAUGGAGGCUUAGCUACAGACCACGCAAGAGACAAUGGAGAAGAUUCUUCCAGAUCUACCUUGUAACCUUGCACCUGUUUAUCUUGUGUGUCUUGUCUCUUGUGCUUCCCAGCUGAAGGCGUUACAGAAGUUUUGGAAGGCUUCAAAGAUGAGAAAUGGGGGAACGUACCAUUCCUAAUGCCAAGAGAUGAUAAUGACGCUACUUUUUUACAUCCCGCAGAAAAGUUUUAUUAAUACUGCAGUGUAUGCAAACAUUGCAUUUCUCCAAGACCAUAUCUUGACUUUGCCUGAAGCUCGAAGGCAGAAGCGGCUAAUCACUUCAUUACAUUCGCAGCCUAAUUUAGGUCAACGUCAUCGUUCCUGGUGGUCUUUCGAAAGAAACUAGUGGAUCUGUUUUGACAUGAUGCUCGUAAAUUAUGCAAUUGGCUGUUUACUAAUGUCUCGUGACCGUUUUUAUGUUCCGAAUUAAGGUAUUUCUAAUUAUUUACAUAAAAUUUUGUGCUUUUAACUUGAAAUUAGUAGCAUACGCCUUAGUUUUUUUAUUUCAAAAUUAUGAAAGUGGUUGUAUCAUAAUUACCACGUUUACUUUCAUCAAGGAAUGAAGUAUUUUGGUGCUUGGUGAUAGUGUUCCAUAAUUAUUUUUACAGCUGCCCCCAGAGGAAUUCAAAGAAAUCACGUAUCCUGUUUAGUCAAGAAAAUCACAGAAGCCCAAAUUAUAAAAAGCUAAGAAAAACAUUCAAAUUGGAUUAUUUAAUUUCACCAGCCUAAGUGACAUUUUUGCACGUUUUGGGUAAGUUUAGCACUGGAAGCCUCGAAUCUGGUAAAUAAAUGAAGCUAGGAAACUCCUGGUGGGGUUGAACCCACAUGGUAGAGAACAUGAGGUUACUUUAGCCCAUCACAGCUAUGAAAUCAUUCUUUGCUAUCACGGAUGGGUUAACAUCUGCCUUACUCUUGCUUAGUAUAGGUUUGAAUCCCACCUGGGCAAGAAUGAACUUUCUCAUUUACUUCCCUCUUCAGAUAAGACUUGUAGGGCUAAGCACAUCCAGUAAGUUAACAGGAAAUAUAGAGACAGAGAUACUUAGGCCAUUAAUAGUAGUUGUACGGUUUUGGCGAGAGUAACUCAUUCCGUAUCAGAAAUCUUCACUGACGACUAUUAACUACUUUGUAGACUAAGGAGAUUUUCUGUUAUCUUGGUUAUCAAGGUGAAAUGCUAUGUGACUGCUGGAUACGUGAACUUUAGAGCUUCCCCCAAAACGAUGAUUUCUUCAUCCUAAACGUGGCACCGCAAACUAAAGAGUUAUAUCACGGGUCUGGCAGUAGCUCAUUGCUCUCUCCAUCCACUUAUUUUUUUAUACCUAUUUUCAUACCAUAUAUAUAUUUGCUUUAAAUAAAAAGAGGUUAUAAAUAAGGAAUAAUAUUGUUAAACCAUUCUUUGGAAAUAUGUCAGUCGACACUGAUGGCGAGCGGUUUUAUCACUUGCUGUUGUUUAACUUGGAGAAAUUGCUUACCUGUAAAAAAAAAUAUAUAUAAAAAAAGCAUCCCAAAAUGGAAGUUUGUUAGUGAGACAGGUUUUGUAUGAGGGAAUGAAUGGUUCAUUACCUGGGAUGUGUUGUUUAUAAUGAAUACUGUACAGAUUGUGAAAAUAUUUGUAUGUGAAAUAUUUAAUAUGAAAAAUGAAAAUUAUAUAAAAUUAUGCAUUUUAA